CCCAUCCCCCUUACCCCCACAAGCAACCACCCAAACCCCCUCCCCCUGAUUUCUUAUCCCCCUGCCCGACCCCAAAAUCCGGUCCCCCACCCACUGGUGGCGCCCUCCUCACUCAGUAGAGAAUCUGCAGACCUCCUUCUCUAUCUUCUCUCUCUCCGUUUGUGUGGAAGCAGAGCAGAAACCACAACAGCAAUCCAAUCUUCUCAACUCUCAAUUCAAACUCAGCAACUUUCCGACGUGAUUCCGGCUUUGUCUGCCCUCCUAUCGCCGUGAUUCUUAAACCAAAGCGUUCGUUCCUUCUACCUAUCCCGACCAAGACCCAGCCCCAGCCCAGACAGUCGCUGUGCAAGGCGAAUACUUGAUCGAAAGUCAAUACUUUGCCACAGUUCUCGUUACUGUUUGAGCAGCUUUCCGGCCGUUUACGGCCACCGUUUGUUGGGUUUUGUUCCUCUUCUUGCAAGGAACAUUUUUCAUGCUGACGCCGUCUCCAUUGUUCCACCGUGGAAGCCGGAUCGACACCGUGAAGAUCGGCCCUCGAGCCGCGACUUUCCGACGGCGUUUCCGGUCGCUUCCAGUAAUUUUUUAGGUAAAGUCCCUUUACAAAAGUUGUUAUACUGGUUGUGAUCCUCAAUUUGAUAUGAGGCUUGACAGCCGUUGUUGAGAUUUUCCGGUAUACCAGAUAUGGAACCUGAACCUAUUGUUCCAACUAUUACGGGACAUGCCGACUCAUCCAGAAUUGUUGAGUUGGUCAGGGAACUGAGAGAACUGGGUGCAGAACCUUUUUAUGGAACUAGGAGCUACAUGAAAGCUGAUGAGUGGUUUGGUAAUAUAGAGAACUUGUUCGAAAUGAUGGAGUGCUCUGAGGUUGAAAAGAAAGAGUUGACUGUUUUUCUCUUGCAAGGUAAAGCUCGAUCUUGGUGGGAUGAAGUUAAGAAAGCUGAAGACGUAUCACUGAUGGACUGGGAAGGGUUCAAGACGGUUUUCUAUGCCAAGUAUUUUCCUGCGAAAGAUAGGCUGGAGGCUUCUUUCUUGAGUCUUGAGCAGGGCUCUCUGUCUGUGGGUGACUAUGAGGCUAAAUUUUCGAAGUUGCUUCGUUUCGCACAACCAAUGACUGAGGUGCAGAAAGCACGAAAGUUUGAGUUGGGAUUGGUUGAUGACAUUAGAAGUUCAGUGGUUAACUUGAGACUCCAAACCUUAACUGAAGUGGUAGACUGCGCCAUCGCAGUUGAGAAGACUAUUGAGCUGUACAUACAACACCAAAACAGACAAAGAGAUUACAGAGGAAAGGGGAAGGCGUCAGCUCAAUGCAUGUGUGCCUCAGGUGAACAUGGUGGAACUGGAAAGAGGCAGAGAGGCCGAGCAGCUAUACAUGCUCAACAGACAAGAACAAGUGAGUGUUACAACUGUAGUGAGGUCGGACAUUUGCGUAGGGAUUGUCCAAAAUCGAAGGCCCAGUGUUGUUUCAAUUGCAAGCAGCCGGGGCAUUUGGCUAAGGAUUGCACUCAGGGGUAGACUUGAGUGUUCGUUGGAUGGCAGAGGACAGACUGAAGUGGAAGUUAUGUAAAUCUUUUUCUCAGUUUAAUGUGCGAGUGUUUGAAUCAACUCUGUGGUGUUUUUGUGCUUGUAAAAGUGUACUUGUAAAUCUUUUAGUAAAUUCACUCUUGGAAAGA